GUAAUCUCUCAUAUUUGGGCGGUUAAGAGCAGCCAUUUGUUUUGGGCUUUUCAAUGGUAGCCACUUGUCCCCUACGAGAUGAUAGAACGAGCAGACUGAGUAGCCAAACAGUAAGCAAGCACAGAGCGAGAGAGAGAGAGAGACGAGAGAGAGAGAGCAUGGCAGCCGCAGCUGAAGCAUUAGGAGGAGGAACCAUAGUUUGUUGGUGCCAGUCCGCCAUCAUAAGGGAUCGGCGAUUCAUUUUCUCCCUGGAUUGGCCCGCAACAAAUGCGCGCUCUCUUACAAGUUUGAGGUCAAGAAGCUUGGGGAACAAAGCCCAUUACUUUCCUGCGACUGCCAAACCCCAUCAGCGUAGACUCGUGUUCCUCUCCAGAGCCGCUGAUUCAACACAGCCCCCUUCCCCUGCCGCCACCGCCGGCAAGGUCAUUGUCUCAGACGACGAAUUCUCCCUUGCUAAGGUCUCAUUUGGUGUAAUUGGACUAUCUGUUGGAAUCACACUUCUUUCUUAUGGUUUUGGGGCAUACUUUAAUAUUCUCCCUGGAUCUGAGUGGUCAGCAUUAAUGCUAACUUAUGGCUUUCCUCUUGCAAUAAUUGGUAUGGCUCUUAAGUAUGCAGAACUCAAACCUGUACCAUGCUUAACUUAUUCAGAUGCUCAAAUGUUGAGGGAAACAUGUGCUACUCCUAUUCUUAAACAGGUCAGAAAUGAUGUUAUAAGAUUUCGUUACGGGGAUGAACAACAUUUGGAUGAGGCCUUGAAACGAAUUUUUCAAUAUGGUCAGGGUGGAGGAAUUCCAAGACGGAGUGCACCUAUUUUACAGAUGAUUCGUGAAGAAGUCACUGAAGAUGGCAAGUACUGUUUAGUACUGGUGUUUGAGGCUAAAUCUCUGCAGUUGUCCGAUUUUGAAAAGAGACAGGCAAAAUUUGCAUCAUUCUUUGGACCGGGAAUCACUGCUGAAGUUGGGAAGGGUGACAAUGAUCUGUACGAAGUCCGGCUUAUAUCCAACACAAAACUCUAGAUUUUAUUUCCUUGCAGGUGAAUGGAGUUUAAAUUCAUCUAAAAUUGGGACCAUAUCCAUCUUUCAUACAAGCAAACAUGAAAACACACGAGGUUCAGCGACAUCUAGAAGUUCUCAUGUAUUUCUGCGCAUCACCCCCUCUCCCCAGGUUUUUUCUUGUGCAGACACGAUAAUCAGCUAUUAUGAAUACUUGGAUAUAGCUCCGCCAAUGCCAUGUUGACUUGACUGAGCAGAUUGCAACCAGUUGGAUCAAGUUUGGGCAUUAAUAGGCUAGAAUGACCUAGUCAGAAAAUUUCUUCAAGAAGAUCAAUUGAAUCCCAGGCUGGACUGGGUUAUCUUGCCCAAAUCCAGUCCUGAUACUUGUGUGUGUGUGUGUGUAUAGAUUAUAAAUUAUGGUGUUCGAGAUAGAAGCAGCCAUGCUUUACUGCAA